GUUAGUGCGAGGAGGCCGGUGUGGAUAGGAUGCGUCCGUAUGGGAAUGUGCAACAAGAUUAGCAAUAGCUUCUUUGUUAGCACGUUAUUAGGCCAUCUCGACUGGAUUGGCCUCUUGUCCUUUAAGAAGCGCUAACUGAAUCCAGUGAACUGUGACCUCCCCUUCUGUGGUGGAGAGGGUCCAGCCAAUUCUGUGGUCAGAGAUUGAAAAGGACCACUGUCAACUGAAGCGAUGGAAUGUGCUGUGAAUACUGCACUAGAUGAUGAAGAAGCCUCUGAUAAUAGUGCUGCUGUAGAGGUGGCUGUGACAAAGGAAGGGAGUGAAACUCCUCGGAAGAAGACAAAAAAGCAAAAAAAGCACAAAAGUAAGAAGAAGAGGAAGAAGCGCAAGUGUGAAAAAGAGAGCAGUUCUGAAUCUGAGGAAUCUGACUGUGGAAUGCAGACAAGAGCCAGAGCUAAGAAGACUGAAGGUCUUUUGACAUCAAAGGGAGGAGAGCCAAUUAAAGUAAAAGAUGAACCCUCAGGAAUCCCCAUACCAGACUUGCAAGGGGACGACGCUGUUGUAAAGGCCAAAAAACCCAAACGACGCACAGGGAGAAGAAAGAAGAGGGGUACGAAAAAAGAUGCCGAAAAACAAGGGGAAAACAAAUCGGAGAGCAGUGCUGCUUCAGGUUCCGAGCCGGAAUCAGAAUGUAAGCAGUUAUUGACUUCUGACAACACAGAUUUGGACCAAAAGACUGCCCUGGAUUCUUCUGAGGCAUCGAAAGGCCAGAUUAAGCUUGAAGAAUCCAGAACUAUUAAGUCAGAGCCCUCUGUUGAAAAAACUAAAGACAUCCAAUGUAAUGCUGAGGAGUUGCUUGAGAAUUUGGCAAAAGGUGAUGACCACUGUGAAACCACUAUGAAGACUGUGCAAUGCUGUGGAGAAAAUGGAAAUUUCAGCAAAGUACAGGACUUGCCUGAUAUAAUUCCGAAACAAGAGAAUCUCCAGAAGGAUGAUGCAAGCCUUUCAACAGAAUGUUCAAAGGAAACAAAUGGAGAUCAGAGGGGAAAGGUUGGCCAACGUAGAGUGGAGAGUCCCUCUCCCUCACGAUCCCGGUCAAGAUCUAUCUCAGACACCAAAAGAGUAGAAACAAGCCCAAGUUGCUCACCAAGCCCUCGCCGUUCCCUUGAUAAGUCAGCUUCUCGAAAGGAACGUUCUUCUUCUAGGGCCAGGUCUACAUCAGGACCCAGGAAAAGGGGUAGGUCUACAUCAGGACCCAAGAGAAGGGUUAGUCCUAAACGGAAACCCUCAAGGUCACCAUCAGCAGAACGUUCUUCUUCCAGGGCCAGGUCUACAUCAGGACCCAAGAGAAGGGUUAGUCCUAAACGGAAACCCUCAAGGUCACCAUCAGCAGAACGUUCUUCUUCCAGGGCCAGGUCUACAUCAGGACCCAGGAAAAGGGGUAGGUCUACAUCAGGACCCAAGAGAAGGGUUAGUCCUAAACGGAAACCCUCAAGGUCACCAUCAGCAGAACGUUCUUCUUCCAGGGCCAGGUCUACAUCAGGACCCAGGAGAAGGGGUAGGUCUACAUCAGGACCCAAGAAAAGGGUUAGUCCUAAGCGGAAACCCUCAAGGUCACCAUCAGCAAAACGUAGGUCGAGGUCCAGAUCAGUCAGGAGGUCAGGACGAAGGUCUAGGUCCCUUUCUCCUAAAAGAACCCGCCGCUCUGUCUCCAGAUCACGCAACAGAAACAGAAAGUCUAGAACCCGGUCACCACGGCAGGGCAGACGAUCAAGAUCUAAGUCCAUUGUGCGCAUGCGUCGCUCAAGAUCCAGGCAGUCUUUGUCACGCAGAAGGACUCGUAGAUCCAGAACGAGGUCACGCUCUGCAAGGAGAGGCAGACUCUCAAGAUCCCCUUCACGCACGCGAAGGAGGUCUCCAGUUCCCCGGUCUAGGAGGUCACGUUCUCGGUCUGUCAGAAGAAACAGGCGAACUCGAUCAAGAUCUCUUGUUGUUCUACGACGGUCUAGGUCUCGUACAAGGAGAGUCAGGAGAUCUAGGUCACGGUCCAUCCGUAAAAACAGGUCAAGAUCCAGAACACCAAGACGGCUUAGUAAAUCUCGCUCUAGGUCCCCAGCAAGACGAAGAAGAUCAAAAUCUAAGUCCCCACAAAGGGCUCGCUCUAAGUCACCCAAACGCACCAAACGAUCAAAAUCCAGAUCCAUGACACCUGUGACAAGCAGCAGACGGCUUAAAACAACCAAGAGAAGAGAGCACUCAAGAUCAAAAUCUCCCAUCAGAAAUAAAUCACUGUCUAGAUCUGUCUCAGAUGGCAGGAGGUCUACAGAACGGAGUCUUUCUCCGGCUGAACAGCGUUCUAAAUCACGCUCCCUCUCUAAAGAUGAAAAAUCAAAAGAAACUCAAAAGCUGAAGCUUAAAAUAGAUAAAGUUGAUGAAUCUCCCUCACAUGGGACUACAGGCAGUAGUUCUGACAAUGAGGACAUUGCAGCAUCACCUGCACCUGCAGGACCAUGGAAAAAAGUUCCAUUAGCUGAAAAAAGUGUCUCAGGCUCAUCAGAUGAGCAAGAUAUGGCAUCAUCUGAAGUUGAGAGAAAUGACUCUAAAAACUCAACUACUGCACCACGUGAUGGAGACAAACAAUCUACCUCACUUCUAUCUUCAUCUGAAAAGACAUCAUCUCUGGCAGUUUCCCAGGGGCAUCGUGUGUCUGAAACAAACAGAAGGGAGGAUUCCCUUGACCGUGAUGGAUCAGACCAUUCAAGAGCAUCUUCACCGGAUAGUGCUAAACAUGAAGAAACGGGAAGAAAGUCAUCUAGUAAAAUAAGAACAAGCCUGUUGAAAUUAAGACAGCUGUCAACAUCCCUAUCACCUGCCAGGAAGAAGCACUCAGAAUCUAGGUCUUCCUCCAGAAGAAGGAUCUCAAAAUCUAAGUCCCCUGUUCGGAAAAAACGCUCUAAAUCGAGAUCAUCCAGCCGAAGAAGACGUUUAAAGUCUAAAUCUCCGAUAAGGCGAAAAAGGUCAAGGUCUAGGUCCCCAGGAAAGAAGCGUAAGUCUAGGUCUCCAUCUCGUGGAAGAAGAAAAAGGUCUAAAACAAAGUCACCUGCAAGGAGGAGGAGGUCACGUUCAAGAUCAACCGCAAGAAGAAGAAAAUCGAGGUCUAAGUCCCGUACUCGUGUAAAGCGUUCCAAGUCGAGAUCACCAAAAAGAAGACGAUCAAAAUCCCGAUCUCAAGGAAGGAAAAGACGUUCAAAGACAAGAUCACCAGCUAGAAGGAAGAUCUCAAAAUCCAGAGAUGACAGCAAGCGCUCCAAGUCUCGUUCUCCUGGCAGGAAGCGCAGGUCUCGUUCUCGAUCCACAACACGGAACCGCCGAUCACGUUCAAGGAGAUCCCGCUCUGGUUCUCGUCACCGGAGGCCAGCAUUCCGUAGUCGAUCCUUUGAUCGACGAGAUAGAUGGAAACGUGAACCAAGCCACUCUCCAAUCCUUAUUCUUCGUAAAAGGAGAUCCACCUCUCGAACUCGCCGGAGCACCAGCAAAACACCACCACGCCUCACUGAUCUUGACAAAGACCAGUUAUUGGAGAUCGCAAAAGCUAAUGCUGCUGCCAUGUGUGCUAAGGCUGGAGUGCCUAUCCCAGAGAGUUUGAAACCUAAAGCCAUUCUCCAACUGCCUCUUCCAACUCCAGCUCCUCAACCUCUGUCAUUACCAUUGCCACUGCCCAUGAGUUUGCCAAUGAAUCUGCCCAUAGGAAUACCAGGUAUGCCAGGGAUGCCCAACAUGCCCAUGAAUGCUGCCAUGGCAAGUAUGACUGCAGCUACAAUGACCGCAGCCCUUUCCAACAUGGGAGCGUUAGCUGCUAUGUCCCCCAUGCCACCACUUCCCACCAUUACCAACAAGCCACCUCCUGUGCCCACACCAAACCUUGCUAAUAUUGAAGAGGUGAAGAGAAAGGUGACUCAACAGGCCAAUAGCUUCAGCAUCAAGGAACUCACAGAGAAAUGCAAGCAAAUAGCAGCAUGCAAGGAGGAGAUGGCCAUUGCCAAGCCCCACAUGUCUGACGAUGAGUGAUGGGAACCAGUCUCAAUCAACUUCUGGCCAUACCUCCUCACCUUUUCUGCCCAUGAUGUGGACUUGCUGGAUUUGGUGAUUACCUUUGUAGACAAUACUCAGAUGGAAUCAUUUCAAUGGAUCUUCAGAAAGUGGAACCUGACUGACCACAGUUUUGGGGCAGCAGUCAUCAACAGAUCUGAAAUGGCAGGUUUUCAUUACGCUUCUGGAGAAUAUUGACUGAAUUGACAGGAUUAUAAAUGCAAGAGUCCAUCUUAAUAGGAAUAGGAAAAGUGUUUGAAAAUGUCCAGUCAUGCUGUUGUCAGGACACACAUGGUGGACGAUGUGAUGCGAGAAGUUGCUCUUUCAGGAACUACAAUUUUGUAUAAUUACGAGUGUCUACUUGAAGGAACUUAACGAAUAUUCCUCCACAUGACAUUUUACUCAUAUGUUAACUGCCCAUUUGAUUGUAGUGCAAAAUUGUCUAAGACUUGGGAUAAAUUAUACAAAUGUUGUAAACCUGUAAGCUUUUAACCUUUUUUAAUUUUUUUGUGUUCACUUUCCAUGGAUGGAUUGUAAAUUGUGGUCCUAGAUGAUAUGGCCCGUAGCUCAUUAAUCCACCUCUACUGUAAUACUCUGUAAUGUUUGGUUGUACUGGUUUAAAUACAAGUAGAAUGGAGGCAGAAGAGCAAGCCAUGUUUUUCUGUUCUAAUUUUCAGAAACCCAGUAUUUAAUUGAAUUUGCUUGGUUGCAAAACUUGCUCUUGUGUUAUUGGGGAACUGUGCUUGCGCUACUAGGAACAUUGUUUGAAUCCUUUUUUAAUGCAGGCAGUUUAAUUAUAAUGUUUCACUAGUGGUUACUUGAAGUGAUUGAGGACGUUUCACUUGAUUUUAUCCUGGACAUGCAGUGGGACCUUUUUAAAAUUCAGAUUCUGCUUUUUUUUUCUUCUUCUGUGGUUGGCAAAAGUAUAGUUUCAGGUGAUUGACAUUACUGAAAACUAUACACCAAGGUAGUAUCAUCCAAGUAUGAGAGCUGGUUUGGCAUUUUUAGAAGGAAAUGACAAUCAGACUGCCAUGUUGUAAAUAUGGCCAGAGGGCUGAAGCGAAGAAGGAAGAAACAUACCGGUAGAUGUAUUGACCCCUGGACAGUAAUUUGUGCUGUGUUGAUGUUCAUUUCUGUGCGUUUUGUGUUUUGUCGUCUUGCUGUGUAGAAAAAGAACAAUUAGCAAAGGCUCACGAACAAUGCCCAUUUUAAAGGGACAA